AUGGAGCAGUCCAAGGAUGGCUAUCGACUCUCAUAUGUAAGGCUUGAUGAUGUGUCGGAGAGCUCAACUGCACGUCGGUCAAGGCCGCUAUCAUCCGCCGAGCAGGUGUUUCUGCAAUCCCAGACACGGGCAUUCUGGGGUGCGAGCUGGACCUUUGAGAUUCUGGGGUGUUUCAUAUCAAUCGGAUUUCUGGUUGCUAUCAUUGUAGUCCUAUUCUACUACGAUGGAAAAUCAAUGCCCGACUGGCCCUACGGUAUCACUCUCAACGCACUGGUCUCGGUGCUCAGUACAGUCAUGAAAGCAACCAUGGCCUUUAUCCUGACCGAAUGCCUAGCCCAACUGAAAUGGUCCUGGUUCCGUGGCGGAAACAAGCUAAGCGAUCUUGCACUCCUCGAUGCUGCUAGUCGUGGAGCUGCUGGAGCAAUCAUUGUUCUUUUUCGCUUUAUCCCUCGUCAUCUCGUCACGUUUGGAUGUUUCGUCCUGGUCCUUGCAGCAGCUACAGAUCCAUUCGUACAGCAAGUCAUGUCUAUCAGAAUGCGAUCGGUCAACUCGCCAAGCCAAGCUUCCAUUCAAGUCUGCAAUACUAGCACCUACACCGAUUACGGCGAAGGAGCUGGAGCAGGCAUGAACAAAGUUCCUCUUGCAAGUAUGGGAGCAAUCUAUUCUGGCAUUUUUCAAACCCAGCGUCCCAACAGCAAGAGCUCAAUGAUGAGCUGUCCGACUGGAAAUUGCACAUUUACAUCAUACCAGACCCUCGGCUUUUGUUCUCGCUGUGCCAACAUCACCGAUUCUCUGAAUUCCUCUAAAACAGAUUCUAGCGUGAUGACGAAUUAUCACUACAGUCUCCAAAAUGGGCUGGAACUCAACACGGCAUAUUCCAUGCCGUAUAUAAUGAACUCAACGACAGGCCUCGAACUCCUCAAACUGGAUGUGGAUGGUGCGGCUGUCAUUCUCAAUUUUACCGCCAUAAGCUCAGCGGGCUCCGGAAUUCCACCAGAACCUAGUGCAACCGAAUGUUCCCUUUUCUUCUGUCUUCUCGGAUACGAGGCAUUCGUGAGGGAAGGCGUCUUCUCAGAGAAUCUCAUUUCCACGGAUAUAUCAUCGAAUGCCACCCUCUCAGGCACAGGGGCCACGGAAGACUUUUCAUUGACUCCAGAAACGUGUUAUUACAACGGAACUCGGUACGACCAACCACAUGAGCACAGUGACAAAUGUACAUACAAUGUCAACUGGCUGAGUCGUUUGGCGAUGUCAAAUUCGCUGAGCACAUUGUUGAAAGGACAAGGCUCGCUUUUCGCCAGUUACAGACCCGACUGGUCCUCAGAUACGAUCGAAGCCCUGUAUGGCGUGAAUGGGAAUUACACGGACAUCAACUCGGUAUUCGAAUCACUUGCCUCUUCUCUCACUAUCAAUGCCCGAUCUCACGUCUGCGAGGCAACCGCCAACGGAACCGCCUUUACUGUCGUAUCUUAUGUGCAUGUACGAUGGCCAUGGUUGAUUCUACCGGGGACAUUGGUCUUUUUAAGUCUUGUUUUUCUGGUGGUCACCAUUUUACAUACAAGGAAUCAGUAUAUUUGGAAAUCUUCGCCCUUGGCGUUGCUUUUUUCGGAUCUGUCGAUUGAUGCGCCUACACCGUUGAUACGGGAUCCGACGUUGAAGGGGAUGGAGAAUUCUUCGAAGAAUAUGGAGGUUUGGCUGGAGGCUACCCAGGAAGGUGUUAGGUUGAAGGCAGUUCCUACUAGAUAG